GGAAAUUGUUGGAUCGCGGGUCUAGCCAGCUGCUCGUAAAACAGUAAUCGCUCUGGCAACUCUUGGAGCCAAUACAUUGAGGCAACCAAAAUGGAAUAGCGGUUCGCUCGAAUGAUUUGACACCAGCCAGUAGUUGACUCCUCGCGUCAGGCUGAUCAUGUUGUGAUACCAGAGACGACUAGGCCUCUGCUCUCGGGUUACAGGAGGUAACACUGGGGAAACGAAAGGCUAGAGGCUGAGGAUCCAGUGAUCGGGUGGGAAGAGCAUAGCAAUGAUGCCAGCCAGAUCUUGCGGCAGAUGCAGCUGUGAGCGAGUCGUGCAGGCAAAAAGGGUCAAUGAGAUGUAGGCAUCUGGGCAAGGCUGUGGAAGGGAAAAGGUCAUGCUUCGCCAUGGGGAGGGGAACGCGUGAAGCUAGAGGGCUCCUCUUGCGUUCUGGGUUGGCUGCAUCAUGGGUCCCAACAUGAUCAAUGGAGGACUGCAAUCUCAUUCGCCUGCAAGCAACCAGACGAUCUGUACAACACGAUGGUGCGGAUAAGAUGCCCUGCCGAGCCGUUAGCGAGGGCGGUUGGAGAUGUGUUCAGGCGACUUGGCUACGGGCCAGCGCCCCCAACGGAGAACGACGCCUGACAGACGCAUGGAAGCGGUGGCGAGGGUGCAAGAAGCUUGUGGCGACGAGGCUCACAGGCGGAGGAGGGCCCAUUUGGUUCCGAAAGAGCCCCCAAAUGUGGGCCAAAGUGGCUUGCCAGCCGUCACAUGCGUUUCGACUCUCCAGAUCUUCGAUAGCAAAAUCUGGGGCCGUCGCUGCCCAUGGGGAUUGGGUUUGUCCAACCGAGUCGUUCUCCAUGUCGCUCUGGCCACGACUGUGGAACGAUGAAGGCGAGGCGCAGGGACAAUUGACACGCAGAGAAGCCGGCGGGACGAGACAGAAGAGACGGGGCGAUCGUGGUACAGUGUACAAUUAUAGAUGGGCCAAGGAAUGAGCAAGUUCGGGGCUUUCGAUGUCAAUUAUCACUUUUGAUGAUGG